AUGCCUAAACAAGAAGUCAUCGGUGCCGCAUUAAUCCGCAAUAAAAACAAAAGGAAAGGGCCUAAGUCCAAGCUACACACAACAGAAGAAGGCCCUAAGCUAAAAUCCAUAAUUGACCAAAACAACUUAGACGAAUUCAUGACCUUAGCAUCAUUAGCUAAUCGUCAAUUUACAGCCGAAAGAACCUUCAAAAUUGUUAGUGAGUCUAGAAUCGUAGCAGGUUUUUUGGUCAAUAUUUUUCAAUAAUUACUCAUUUUUUAUAUUAAGACAAUGGUAAAAUUAAGAAAAAAAAUCACAAUAUAAAAUACCUAACUCUCCCCCCUCCAUUAGCAAAUAAAAUUUAAUUGUUUUUUAAAAAAAAUUAUAUAUAAAUUUUAUAGUAAUUUUUUUUUUAAAAUUUAAAAUAGUAGUUAUUAUUUUAUGAAAAUAUUUUGUGUUCACUCGUGGAGGAUGGUUAGAGACAAAAAAAUAGGGAUUUUUCCAAUGGUUUUAUUCGCUAAUGGAAGAGUGGGUAAGAUAAAAUCAAAAAAGCUCUAGAAUAGUGGGUAAAAGUGAGCUUCAUGCCAAAUCAAUCAAUGGGCAAAAUUACCGAGCUUUAAGGCUCCCAAGAAGACCAAAAUGGACCCAAGAAACUACACCAGAGCAACUUAACGAGCUUGAAAACUUAGCUUUCCUCCAAUGGCGAAAAGAGCUCGCAGAAACAGAAGAGUCAGAAAUUAACUCUUCUGUGACCCCUUACGAGAAAAACCUCGACAUAUGGCGACAGCUCUGAAGAGUCCUGGAGCGUUCUGAGGUGAUCUGCCAAAUAGUUGAUGCCAGAAAUCCUUUGUUUUUCAGAAAUCCUGACCUAGAAAACUACAUAAAAGAAUUGUCUCCAGAAAAAAGUUUUGUGCUGAUUCUAAAUAAAGCUGACCUUGUCCCUGAAAAUAUUCGAAAUCUAUGGGCUGAGUAUUUUGAAAGGGAAGGGGUUGAUAUUAUGUAUUUUUCUGCAUAUAAAGAACAAGAGCUUAUUGAUAAUGAUAUGAGAAGGUGAAACCAGUUUGGUGAAAAAUUUGAGAAUAGGGACAAGUCAUAUAUACCAAAAUUAUUAUUUUUUAUAAAAAUUGGCAAAAAUAAUUUUUUUUAAAUUAUUUAUAGGAUAGAGUAUAUAUAUUCAAGCCAAGAAUUGUUGGACAGGCUAAGCAAUCCUAGCAAGCAUGUCAAUAUUGGCUUUGUUGGGUAUCCAAAUGUAGGUAAAUCCUCAGUUAUUAAUGUCCUUAUGGGUGAAAAAAGAGUUGGUGUGGCUGCUCAGCCAGGGAAAACAAAGCACUUGCAGACGCUUAAUCUUAGCCCAAACAUCACUUUAUGUGACUGUCCAGGUCUGGUUUUCCCUUCUCUGCUUUCUUCAAGAGCUGAAAUGGUUACUUGUGGAGUACUUCCAAUAGAUCAGCUUAAAGACAUAUUAAGUCCUGUCGAAAUCAUUUGCCUGAGGGUUCAUUCUUCAUUACUAGAAAACUUAUAUGGAAUCCAGCUAGGCGGAAGAGUGCCUGGGACCAUCCUUUUACAAAAAAUCGCGAACCAUAGAAGCUUUACUAUAGGAAGUGGACUUCCUGAUGAGUCAAAAGCAGGAAAAAUAGUGCUUAAAGACUAUGUUAAUGGAAAACUGUUAUAUUGCCAUCUCCCACCUGGCUUUGAGACAGAGCUGGAGCCUGAAGCUGUCGAGGAAAAAAAAGAAAUAGUUGAUCCCAUUUUUUUCUCUAAAGAAGUCGAAACCAAGCUAGGAGUUGACAAAGAAGGAGGAAUCUUUAUAGAAGCUGGGCACAAGCUAACUAAAAAAGAAAGAAGGGAGCUGAAAUUUGCUGUCAAAAGAGGAGAAAACUUCAAUGAGAAGCUCCAAGAAAUCACAAAACCUAAGGAAUCCAACGGAGUAAUAAUAAAAAAUCGUAAUAUUUCUUAA